AUGCUUCUUAUAUUCGCCAAUUUGAUUCGACAAUCAUGGGUAUUGAUCUACGCAUCAUCUUCUAUUGAAGGGAAUGAUACGGAGACAUAUUCAGGUCUUUGCGAUGCCUCUGGCUUCUUUCAUCAAUUCGGCACAGAGGCCGCAGACUUUGCAGUUUUGAUUAUUGCUAUACAUGCUGCGCUCUGCAUAUUCAGGAAAGGCGCACCAUAUGCCGGCGAGGGUGGGAUAUAUCGAUACCGAUAUCCUGUGUAUUUUCUGUGGGCUACGUUUGCCAUCCUGGGAUCAGCACUUGCAUUUAUCAAUCCUGGUUAUGGAUAUAUUUCUAUCCCGCCUUUCUGUUAUCUCCCAAUUGAACCGCUUUGGUAUCGACUCGCUCUCAGCUGGGUUCCUCGAUAUACGAUCCUCCUUAUAAUCAUCAUCAUAUAUAUCGCCGUCAACAUAUACGUGCGGAAAAAGUUUAAGUCCUUUUCAUUGAAGCACCCCGCUGAAUACUCUGGAGGCUCCGAAGCAAGUCAAAGCACUAAUGAAGCGAACGAAGCGCCUAGCAUGGAUGAGACGGAUUCUAGGCCAGAAAGUGGCAGCAAAGCUCAUGAAGAGGUGCUCUCAGAAGGCGGGCAGAAUGGUCCCGGUAUAUCUGAGGCAGACUCAACGAACAUGCAGAGUACGGAAAGUUCUAUGGAGCGCGAGGAAGCAUGCAAAAGGAAGAAAUGGCCGUUCCAAAAUCCUUUUCCAGCAAAUUCUGUGAAUCAAGAAUCCCGAAGAAGAAAUUCGGCCCCCGAUACUCACGGAUUUGAACUCGGUGUUCUCAAAAGACAAGCAUUCGCAGUACGCCAGGGCUCUACUGGCCCGUCAUCGGUACAGCCACAGGCCCCACGGGCUUCGGACCUGGGAUCAAAUAUUUCUGAAGGUCUAGGCGCUCUCACCCAUCCGCCCAAAACUUACAUGCGCAAGCACUCGAAGGCGUUCUCCUCCAAGGGCACCGCCUCUCGACCAGAAUCUGUCAGGUCUUGUCCGGCCAUCAAAACAAACGGGACAACAUCUCAGAAUGAAAACGCAGCAGAGCGCAACAUGCGACGUAUGCGCCGCAAUAUAAGGAGACAGCUGCGCCUUCUCUUUGUAUAUCCCAUAGUGUAUGUCGUCAUGUGGAUUCUGCCAUUUGUCGGCAGUAUUUUGCAGCUGUCAAACUACUAUGUCUCCCAUCCUGAAUUUGUUUUUAGUUGCUUUUUGGUUGUCAGUUUGUUGAUCCAAGGUGCUGUCGAUUGUCUCAUUUUUAAUUGGCGGGAAAAGCCAUGGCGUCAUAUUCCCAAUUCAGACGGGACAUUUCUAGGCUCUUUUCUCUUCUGGAAAACUUUCUCAGUCGACGACGGCUACGACAAUUCCUCAGGGAAUAGUCCCAGACGCAGCGAUACGGCGUCUGGUGCAGCAGUAAGAAGAGUCGCUCGACACAGCGGCGAGUCUGGAUUUUGGAAUACCCAUCACGCCUCUCUCCGCCUCCCAACGUACUAUGAUGACGGAGUCGGCUUGUCGGUGGCCGAAAUGGAAGCGCAGGCCAAAACGGCAUACGCACGACGAGAUCGCGAACGAGUGGAAUAUGAAAAGCAGAAAAAGAAACAGCAGCAGAAACAGGAGACAAAGUGGGCUACAGGGGGUGAUCAACUUGGAGAGCAGCAUUCUCGCCCGGCAAAUCAAGACGAUAAUGCAGAAAAAAUUGAUCGGAAAGACAGCUUGACUGGAAGCGCAGCGGCUAGAAGCGAUAAGGAACAGAGAGAAUGGUGGAAUGGUAUCCCUGAAGAAGAUGAUUUGAAAAGGAAUUCGGCUUUUGGGAGACGUGCCCGUGGAAAGAAUUUUUCAGUUUUUUCCACUCAAGGAUUUCGUUCAAGCUAGACUCAAAUUUGAUAUAGCGGAGGAGAUACCCUGUUGAGCUUUUCCUCUUGGUGUAUGGCGAAUAUACGCAAUCAGGAUUUUAGCAUUACGAUUUUUUUAAAGCAACAUGACUGG